CACACGCACACGCACACUCUUACUCUCUCAUCUUUAUUCAUCACCAAAUCUCACAAUGACAUCCUUUGACUACAGCUCCAUCAAAUCCAACAUUAUUGCUCACAAGGUUGAGUCCUACACCUACACCUAUGGAACUGCUGGAUUCCGUACAAAGGCUGAGUUGCUGGAUUCAGUUAUGUACAAGGUUGGUAUCUUGGCUACCCUUCGUUCCAAGAAGCUCGGUGGUGCCACUAUUGGUGUCAUGAUUACUGCUUCCCACAACCCAGAAGAGGACAAUGGUGUCAAGUUGGUCGAUCCUCGAGGCGAGAUGCUCGAGCAGUCCUGGGAAGGUUAUGCUACCAGCCUCGCAAACGCAAAGGGUGGUGAUGCUUUGGCUGAAGUAGUCGAGGAAAUCGUUGCUGCAAACAAGAUCGACACUGAAGCUCCUGCUGCUGUUAUUUACGGUUAUGACACAAGACCAAGCUGUGCUGAGCUUGUCAAGUGUCUCGAGCUCGGAUUGGAGGUCUCGGGUGCUAAGGCCACAAACUUUGGAUUAAAGACCACUCCCAUGCUUCACUAUCUUGUUCGUUGCAUUAACACAGCCAACACCAGUGACUCUUAUGGUGAGCCCACUGAAGAAGGUUACUACAAGAAGCUCUCCGAGGCAUUCAAGACUUCAGUUAAAGGAAAGUCUCGUCUUUCUCCUCUUACUGUUGACUGCGCUAAUGGUGUUGGUGCUCCCAAGCUCCGUGAGUUUCUCCGUUACCUCCCCGAAGAUGUCUUGUCUGUAAACAUCAUGAACGAUGAUGUCACCUCACUUGGCAAGCUCAACAAAGAUUGUGGUGCUGAUUACGUAAAGACCCAGCAGAGAGCCCCUCCCGGUUCCAAGAUUGCUCCCGGAAGCAGAUUCUGUUCAUAUGAUGGCGAUGCCGAUCGUAUUGUUUACUACUUUGUUGACUCUAACGGUACAUUCAGACUGUUGGAUGGUGACAAGAUUGCUGGUCUUGCUGCCAUGUUUAUCAUGGAACUCGUCCACGAUGCUGGUAUUAGCUCCAUCAAAGUCGGUGUCGUACAAACCGCAUAUGCCAACGGAAGUUCCACAAACUAUCUCACCAAAGUAUUGAAUGUCCCUGUCUCUUGUGUAUCAACUGGCGUUAAGCAUCUUCACCACGAGGCUGAGAAGUACGAUGUUGGUGUUUACUUUGAAGCCAACGGUCACGGAACUGUUCUCUUUAGCCCUGAAGCUCUCAACACAAUCAAGACUACUGAAGCUAAGACACCUGCACAAAAACAUGCCAUUGAUCAGCUCCAGGCUUUGACAGAGUUGAUUAACCAGACUGUCGGUGAUGCUAUCUCUGAUAUGCUUUUGGUCGAGACCAUCCUCACUAACCGUCAGUGGACCUGUGAGGAGUGGAACCAGGCUUACACUGACCUCCCCAACCGUCUUGUCAAGGUUGUUGUUAAAGACAGACACAUCUUCAAGACCACAAAUGCUGAGCGCCAGCUUGUUGAACCUGUCGGUCUUCAGGGAGAAAUCGAUGCUCUUGUAGCAAAGUAUGCCAACGGCAGAUCUUUCGUUCGUGCUUCUGGAACUGAGGACGCUGUUCGUGUAUAUGCUGAGGCAUCCACCCGUGCUGAAACCGAUGAGCUUGCAUCCAAGGUAGCUCAGCUUGUUUAUGACCGCGCUGGUGGUGUUGGUGGUCGUCCCUUGUCGUCUUAAAUAUUCCCAUACACAUAUGCACAAGGUAGCAUAAAGAACAAAACAACAAUAACAACAAUAACAACAGCAGCAACAGCAGCAGAAAGCAUAGCAAACCACAAAUAAAGAACAUCAGAAAAGAUAAUAUCCCAUAAUAUA